AGUUAUUUCUAUUUCAAUAAGAUGUGAACUGCAGAUUACACAAAGUUGAGGUGAGGACAAGAGAGAAGAAGCCAGAGAAGCCGGUUAAGACGGCCACUAACAUCCUCUUAGUUUGCCGGCAAUUUCUUUAUUUCCAGCUCACACUCUUCCGACCCCAUCUUCUGCUUCUAUUCCUUGUCAUUGCUUUAAAAGCCCCUGACUGGAUGACCUAGUCUUUGUGUCCUAAUUUUAAUCUUAUUCUUCUUUCUCUUCUUUAUCCAUAAAACAUUUGGCAGACAGCAGUGCGGUUCCAUGGCGAAGCUAUCACAGCAAAACCAUAAGAAUAGUGCAAACAGCAAUGCUACUAAUACUACUCUCUCUGUGACAAAGGUGAAGCGGACUCGCAAAACUGUCCCCAGAGACUCUCCUCCUCAGCGGAGCUCGAUAUAUCGGGGCGUCACGAGGCAUCGGUGGACUGGCCGAUACGAGGCUCAUUUGUGGGAUAAGAACUGCUGGAAUGAAUCACAGAACAAGAAAGGAAGACAAGUUUAUCUCGGUGCCUACCAUGAUGAAGAAGCCGCAGCACAUGCUUAUGACUUGGCAGCUCUCAAAUACUGGGGUCCAGAAACCAUUCUCAAUUUUCCGCUAUCAACAUAUGAAAAGGAGUUGAAGGAAAUGGAGGGUCUGUCAAGAGAAGAAUACAUUGGAUCCUUGAGAAGAAGAAGCAGCGGUUUUUCUCGAGGUGUUUCAAAAUAUAGAGGGGUUGCAAGACAUCAUCACAAUGGCAGAUGGGAAGCGCGGAUUGGCAGAGUGUUCGGCAACAAAUACCUCUAUCUUGGCACAUAUGCUACUCAGGAGGAGGCAGCGACUGCAUAUGAUAUGGCUGCCAUAGAGUAUCGCGGUCUUAACGCGGUUACCAACUUUGAUCUCAGUCGCUACAUCAAAUGGUUAAAGCCUAAUCAAAAUAACCCAUGCGAACAGCCCAAUAACCCUAACCUUGACUCUAAUUUGACUCCAAACCCUAAUCAUGAUUUUGGAAUCAGCUUCCUGAAUCACCCACAGACUUCUGGUACUGCUGCCUGCAGUGAACCUCCAUUGACUCAGACCAGGCCUCCCAUUGCCUCAUCGGCGCUUGGCCUUCUACUUCAGUCCUCAAAGUUCAAAGAGAUGAUGGAGAUGACAACUGCCGCCGACCACCUAUCGACACCGCCUGAGUCUGAGCUGCCACGGUGCAGCUUCCCUGACGACAUUCAGACGUACUUCGAGUGCCAGGAUUCCGGCAGUUACGAGGAAGGAGACGAUGUUAUCUUCAGUGAGCUCAACUCGUUCAUACCUCCCAUGUUCCAAUGUGAUUUCAGUGCUUAAGUUGGGAAGAAACCAAAGGUGGCUUAAUGCAUGGAGAAAUCCUGUGUCUUGUAAUGGGUUAGAGACAAUUAUAUGUAGGCUUUAAGUCUGUGUUCAAUGCACAACAACGUAUAUGAUUCUUUCCACAGGUGAUCUUCUUCUUGUGAGGAAAAGGGGAGAGUUGGCUAAUUAUUAUUUGGUUCAUUAUUUGUAGAUGUAAACAUAAAAUAAUUAAUUAAGCAUUCG